AUGAUGCUGGAAAAGUGUUCCUUCUGUAAAAAAGGGGAGUGUAUCAAACCUGUAAAAGUGGAAAAAAAGCCUGGCAAAGCAGCAGCUAAGAUCAGAAUUGAAUCGGAUGGAAGCUAUUUUCAGAUCAACCAGGAUGGAGGAGCGCAAAAACUGGAAAAGGCUAAAAUUACCCUAAACGACUGCUUAGCUUGUAGCGGCUGCAUCACAUCGGCAGAGAGUGUUUUAAUCACUCAACAGAGCCACGAAGAGCUCUGCAAAACACUGGCUUUCAACAAGACUGCCGCUCCCAGUGAACAGAAAUUGGUGGUGGUUUCUGUUUCACCACAAUCCAGAGCUUCCCUGGCUGCAGGAUGUAAAAUGGGUGUUCUGGAAACAGCGAAGAGGUUGACCGCGUUCCUGAAGAAUUUAGGUGUGCACUAUGUUUUUGAUACAACUUUCUCGAGGAACUUCAGCCUGUUGGAGAGCCAGCGAGAGUUUGUGAAACGCUUCCGAAAGCAGUCUGAGGACAAAAAGGCUUUGCCGAUGCUAGCUUCUGCCUGUCCAGGUUGGAUCUGCUAUGCAGAGAAAACCCACGGCAGCUUCAUCAUUCCCUAUAUCAGUACCACCAAGUCUCCCCAGCAGGUCAUGGGCUCCUUGGUCAAGGGCUAUUUUGCAGAACAGCAGCGCUUAACCCCUGACCAGAUAUACCACGUCACCGUGAUGCCCUGUUACGACAAAAAGCUGGAGGCUUCAAGGCCAGACUUUUUCAACCAAGAGUACCAGACUCGUGAUGUGGACUGUGUGAUCACCACGGGAGAAGUGCUAAAAUUAUUGGAACAAGAAGGAGUCUCUCUGUCAGAGGUAGAUCCCGCUCCGCUGGAUACCAUGUUUGGCAGCGCAGCCGACGAGGGGCUCACGAGCCACUCCGGAGGUGGUUCUGGUGGCUACCUGGAGCACAUAUACAAGCACGCGGCCAAGGAGCUCUUUGGAAUUCAAGUGGACGCCGUUCAGUACAAACCCUUAAAAAACAAGGACUUCCAGGAGGUGACGCUGGAGAAGGAUGGCGUAGUCCUGCUCCACUUUGCUUUGGCAUACGGGUUUCGAAACAUUCAGAACUUGGUGCAGAAGCUGAAACGAGGCAAAUCGCCGUAUCACUACGUUGAAGUCAUGGCCUGCCCGUCAGGCUGUUUGAACGGAGGCGGUCAGCUCCAAGGAGAUGGCGAAUCCGGCAAGGAGCAGCUGCAGCGAGCUGAGAGGUUGUACGAGUCUCUGAAGGCUGAAAUUCCGGAGGAGAACCAGACUGUGCGUGCCCUGUACGAGCAGUGGCUGGGUGGCGCGGGGUCAGGGAAGGCCGCGGGAGCCCUGCACACGGGGUACCGCGCGGUGGAGAAGGCGAGCGCUGGCUUUAACAUCAAGUGGUGA